AUGGAAGGCUUUACCCGAAAUAAUACGGGCGCCUCCCAUGAAGCGGCCGUUGAUUGUCAACCAUCCGCCGGACCCGCUGAUUGCAGGAAUAUCUCUAAAACGGUUAAACCCUGCAACGGAGAAGAUUGCAAAUGGUUUGCAGAAUUAUACUUUUCAAGAGUUGACGCCUUUAUCGAAGACUACAAGAAUGGACGCAAGUGUAGCCGGCAUGUUAAGCGCGUCAAAUUUCUCGCCAAGGAGGAAAAAGGCAAGGGAAUGUUCGCUGAAAUGCGUGCCUUGCGGAUGGAUUUGAAAGAGGACGCUAGUGAAGAGAUUCUUGCGCCUGAGACUCAAGAGAAAAUCUUUUUAGCUCUCUGUUCCGUUUGGAAUCUCAUCAGCGAAUGGGACCUCGAAAAACCCCUCGCCCUUACAAUCGAAGGGCGUUAUUUUCGGCCUAACGACAAUUGUCUGACGGAUUUCGCUCACCAGAAAAACAUUAAGAGACUGGCGUGUGAGGAUGCGAUAUUUGCGGAUCCCCUCGACGUAUUGAAGAUAGCAAAACGCCUACCCGAGUUGAAAAGGCUUGGGGUUCACGUUCAACAUAUGGACAAGCAACUACGCAGCGAAGUGGCAAAUGAGAUGCGCACAUGGAAGACGGCUCUGCCCAAACUCAAGGGUUUAAAACUCCAUGGGGAGAAGAAAAGAAAUUCAUGGUCCUCAAGAGGGGAUGUCGCAAAGCUUGAAGAUAUGAGGGAGGACGGAAUUGAUAUGCUCUGCCGAGAACUGCGUCUUUUGACUCAGCAAGAUGGCUUCAUCGAUCUUGAACUGAAGUUUGUCCCUAUAUCCGCUGAACUUUUCCAAGACACUCAAGAUCCUAAAGCUGAAAUGAAGUGGCCAACCUUACAGCGUAUGAAGAUUCAACUCCCUGAAAUGUCCGCCACCGGAAAAUGGUCGUUCCAGGCGUCUGGAACUAAAAAUGUACCAAUUCAGGGAGAGAUAAAAUUAUUGGCUGAUUUAUUCGAGCGUACUUGGAAGGGGAUGCCGAUGCUGCAGCCCUACCUGGGUAAAAUGAGCUGUGAGGGCGUCGAUGCGCCAAUCACAAAGUUCAAAAAAGCUGACGCUGAAAAAAAAACCGUCCUGAAGUUGUAA